CUACCACCCCCCUUUCCAUACAGGGAAUUAUAAAAAGCUUGAUUGGGGGAUCGCUGGGUGGCUGAAGGCAGCAGGUUCUUUAAUAAGUAACUGUCUCACUUCUUUUUCUAUCUCUCUCUCUCUCUCUCUCUCUCUCUCUCUCUCUCUCACACACACACACACACACACACACACAUCUCUGUCUCUUUUUCUCUCCGCAUCUCGGCCUCCAGAAGCAAUUCGCUGAGGGACAGGAUCUCUCUCAUACUCUUGCUCGUGCUGUCUCUAUCCGUGUUUCUACCCUCUCUCCCCACCUCUUUCCAUGGUUAAAUGGACAAAGCUGGCAUCUCAGAAGCUGCGAGCCCCCUGGCAGGCACCGCUCAGGUCACCGAGGCAACAGCAGCCAGUUCUCGGGUGUUUGGCUGCAGCUUUGUGCGGCACUGGGUCCCCCUGGCCUACAGAGAGGAGCUUUAUCAAGUUCUGCGACUAACGGGGCCUCUGCUUGUUACACGGAUUUUAGGUUUCCUCCAGCCAUUUGUCAGCACCAUAUUCGUUGGUCAUCUGGGAAACGCUGAACUGGCGGGAUACGCACUGGCUUCUGCGACCAUUAAUGUGACCACAGCAGCCACAGGAUGUGGUCUGGCCCUGACAUGUGACACGCUGGUGUCUCAGACAUUCGGCAGUAAAAACCUGAAACGUGUUGGGGAGAUUAUGCAGAGGAGCAUCCUGAUCCUUCUGCUCUUCUGUCUGCCAUGCUGGGCCAUCCUCAUCAACUCCGAGUCCCUUUUGUUACUUCUGCAGCAGGAAGCCGAGGUUGCCAGGAUUGCACAGUUGUAUGUGAUUGCCUUCCUGCCUGCAGUUCCUGCCUUUUUCUUACACCAGCUGCAGGUAGCUUACCUUCAGAACCAGGGGAUCAUUCUGCCCCAGAUGUACACAGCAGUUAUAGCCAACGUAUUAAACGUAGGGAUCAAUUACAUGCUCAUAUUCCGGAUGGGUUUGGGAGUGAAGGGUUCUGCUGCAGCCAAUUGUAUCUCACAGUUUUCCAUCAGUCUCCUGCUGUUCGGCUACAUACGCUGGAAAAAACUGCAUGUCAGCACAUGGGGGGGCUGGUCCAUGGCAUCACUGCAGGAAUGGGACUCCUUUAUGAAACUCGCCAUACCCAGCACAUUAAUGCUCUGCUUCGAGUGGUGGGUCUAUGAAAUUGGAGGUUUCCUCGCAGGUAUGCUGGGAGAGGUGGAUCUGGCGGCCCAACAUGUUCUGCUGGAGCUGGGAUCCAUCACGUACAUGUUUCCUUUAGGUGUCCAUGCAGCAGCAUGUGUCCGGGUGGGCAAUGCUUUAGGGGCAGGAGACACACAAAGAGCCCUGAUCACCAGCAAAGUGGCUUUACUUAUCUCAGGAGUGUUAGCAGUGUUACAGGGGAUUGUGCUCGGUUCCACAAAGUCAGUGAUAGGCCUCAUCUUUACUAAUGACGAGUCAAUUGUUGAGAUCGUGUCCACAAAUAUGACCUUCUAUGUUUUCCUACAGUUUGUUGAUGCCCUUGUGUGUGUAAGCUCAGGGAUCCUUCUGGGCUCAGGGAAGCAGAAGAUAGCAGCCAUUUCCAACUUGAUCUUUUACUACUGUAUCGGACUUCCUUUGGGAAUAUCGCUGAUGUUUGCAGCCAAACUCAGGAUUCUGGGUCUGACACUUGGUCUCCUGGUCUGUGUCAUCAUCCAAGCUUGCUUUUUUAUUACUCUCAUCUUUAAACUCGAUUGGCAAAAGCUGACAGAGAAGGCCCAGAAACGGGCUGGAAAGAAUGUGAUAGUGAAUUGUGUAGGACAGAAGGCACCUCUAAGCGUUCCAGUCAGGGACAGCAUGAUUCCUGAAGGACCAGACAACCCUGAGCUGCUACUUGCUGGAGGGAGUAUGGCAAACUCAGUGAGCCCUUGUUCUCCAGUGAGCACCAAAGAACAAGUGAAAAAUAGGAGUGCUAAGGAGGAAGCAGAUGUCGGUGAGGCAGGAGAAGUCCAACCCAAAGCCCUGCUCUCGGUACCGCAGUUAGUCCUCAGGAGAGGAUCAGCUGUACUGGCUGCAGUUUUGAUGUUGGUGGUCAGCAUUGUGGCUUAUCUGACCUGCCCACCACCACAGCCAUUUAUCAACCUCAAAAGCAACCAUACCACGGACUGGGGGAACCACACCAGCCCUACUGCCUUCCCCAACAUGACAUCUCCUGACUACCAAACAGUGAGACCAAUCUGAAUUACAGUGCGUCAAAAAAAACUCGAGCCACCAAAAGCAGAGUUAUCAAACACCAAACCAGUAUUGAACCACUUUCUAACCUCAACAUGACUGAAACAAUGCAGGUUAAAUAAAACUGCUGGAGCUGUGUAACCCAAAUAAAAGCAUUUCACACUCCA